AUGUAUAGCCAAAAGAAGAAAAUUGUUCAGGUGUAUCAGUUGAAGAAUGAUGUCUAUUCUCUACGACAAGGUGAUCACUCUGUAGCAUAUUUCUAUGCUGCCUUGAAAUCUAAGUGGGAGGAACUUGACUACUACUAUGAUGAAACUUGGGAUUGUCUGCAAGUUCAAGUGUGUUAUUUAGCCAAAGAAUGGGAGAAUAGGGUAUUCCUAUUUUUAGCAGGGUUGAAUGAUGAUUUUGAAGGUAUAAGGAGUCAAAUCCUUAAUUCUAACAGACUACCUAAUAUUGAAGAUGUUUACUCUCGAGUAGAAGCUGAAGAACAACUACGCCUUGUUAUUACUAGAAAAAGGAGGGAUCACAUUUCGUAUAAUGGGAGGUCUGCUCUUGUUAGCCAUGGUCCUAUAAGAGCUGUCGGACCUCCUGGCAAGUGCACUCACUGCAAGAAGACUGGUCAUACAGUGGCUUUUUGUUGGGACCUCCAUCUUGAAAAGAAGAAUAGUCGAGGGAAACCUUCUAGUGGGAAGAAAUCUACUUCUGAUGCUACCAACUCUAGUGGAGGGAAAGCCUCUAUCUCAGCUAAAUAG